AUGGUGGGAUCUACAGAGCCAUUCCAGAGUUUCCAUCUAGCUACCGCCUAUGCGCCCCUGACAAAGGAUUCGCCUCUGCGUCCAGCGCAGUCUGAAGGUAAGGAUACAACGAUCAUCGCGAAGGCAGCGAUAACAGCAUUUCGGGCGUGGUGCAAGCGCUUUCGAUCCGCAGGCCAGAGUCUGAGCCUCCGCUUCACCGUGUCAGACGCUUUAAGAUUCUGUCAGGUACUGCAAACUUACAAGGCUCGCUCAUGUGCCAAUCUGCCGUUGUGGUACCGAGAUGUCAUGCACUACGAACCACUCACCUUGGAUGCCAUGCAAUACCCGGUGGACUGCUCUGGUAUCGCAGCUUUUGACGUUAUCAACACCUCCAACCUGGUGGACUUUAUCGGCUGCCUCAACCUGCUCGCGGCGACUGCUCCACUCCUUAAGAACGAAGGCUCGACAGUGUACAUGGAACUGCUCCUGUUACGAGAUGAGAGCCUACAUGCAUAUGCGAACGACAUCAUGUGUGGAGACAUUCCCACAAUUUCAGCACUGUUUGGCCUCAACCUCAUACAGUACUGGAGCAAUGUCUCAACAUACUCGCCCUAUGCCGAAUGUGUCCUGAAAGCCCUCAGCGACGCGGACGCGAAAUGUCAAGGACGAUCCAUUCUCAUGUGGAAGCGCGCCAACUUCAACAAUAUCGAUUUCGACCCUCAAGAGCUGGCCCAAUUUGUGUAUCAGAUGUCUCUGCGGAUGUUCCACCACGAGAGUAAAGCCGCUGUACGCGCUAAGACUUGGACCCAGCUCUUCCGACAUCCUGCCCAGCACUAUACUCGCGCUGGAUUCGCCAUCAUACUCAAAGUCAUCAGAGAAAACCGGGUGGUAGAUUUCGGCGUCUUCAUCGAACAACUGAGCACCCUACUCAGUGAUGAUCGGCAUCUUGAUAUGGGACCUUGUUACCAGCACUCCUUGUUUGUGCACUUGCACCAGCUUUGCCUUUUCACGCCUGCCAUGUAUACAGGCAACUGGGACGGCACCAUGCUUAACCUAGAGGCAAGUCCACUGCAGAAGUGGCUGAAUAUACCAGCCACGCUGCAUCUGACGUUUGUGGUCUCGACACCGAAAAUGGCUCUGUUUCACAAGAGAGUUUCCGCAGUAACGCCUGAACUUCAUGUGUACCAAGUCACUUUGCGAAGUAGUGUGACUGGCCAACAGCAUAUCCUUCCUGACAUACAGCUGGGCAUCGGAAGUGUCCGCACUACCGGGAUUCGUCACACCGAGACCUUCACCAUGCGCGUGGAGUUGAACAGCCGAGAUCCGGAUAUGGUCGUCUCCCUCCUUGUACCUACAUGCCUCGUAUUGCAAGAUGCCGAUCUAUCGACAGUAGUGCUAUUCCAUUUGAUCGCAACCCCAAGUUCACAACGGCUCGGCGGUGGUUCAGAUAGUGAUCUGUUGAUUCACAGCCUCAGACUAUCAGACCAGGACGUAUUCAUCACGAAGGAUCCGCCCAACCUGGCCGGGUACAUGUUGGCCACGGGCUCGGAAAGCCUCUCAGAUAACAUGUCACAGAUGGUUACGACCUCCAAAGCGGCACCGACUGUUCCCCGGGCCCCAACGGUCACGUUCCAAGCGAUCUUCAACAGCCAGAGAAGCAGGAUUCAGCAGCUCUACACCCGUGUCGACUUGUCAUCAACAAAGGCCGCAGAUCUGUUGUGCUCUGGAGCGAAGGUACAGAUCAAGCAGCAAUCUAGUUUUGUUGUGGAGCUCCUCAUCGGGUCAGGACCUUCAUCAUUUCAGCAAGACAUCGAAGUGCCGCUUCCUUUAGCCGUGAGGGCGAGCAAGCUCAGGAUCGCACGCGCGGCUUCAUAUGUGGAGAUAACAGCGCCAGUGGCCUCGAACGCCUGGCUGUCGCGCCGGCCGGAGUCUGCAUUUCCAAUUUCACUCCGUAGCGGCGAUCCAAUUCUUGACAGACUGCCGUACGUUCAUUUAGACUGUCUGCCCAUCCUGGACACUCGAGAUGUCGAGAUGAUGGAAUGGUUAAAUGCACACGUCGGCUCGAUGUUUUCUGCCAGAGAAGCCAAGCACUUUGAGCAAUUUGAGCAAUUUGCCACUUCCGGCGGCACGACGGAUGACCUGCGCUACAACUUAAAGACCAUACUCCUCGACGUUCUCCGUAACGCUGCGGGUUUCGGUGUCCGCCCCAGCCCGCAGAUCGUUGCCGUUGGCAGCGGACCUCCUGAAACAGGACAGAACAUGUUUCUGCUCGUCUCAGCGAGGGCUCUGAAAUUAGAUCUCUCGAGCUUGAGCGUCGUGCUUGACGCGGCUAUGGUGCCGGCACCAAUCCUCCUCCCGCGCCCGUUGCGCAUCAAACUCCUGCAACAUUCCGCUGGAAUGGGCAUUGCCUGGGACAUCGAGCAGGCGACUUUCCGAGCCUGGAAUCAUGCCGUUGCCGCGUUCGUGGAGAGGGGUCGCGAGUGGGAGCACGGCCCUGGAUGCGAAUAUGCAGCUACCGGCGCAUCAAUUCCACUAUCGGUGGAAGCUGGCAAAAGCCCUGUCUGUUCUUGUGGAUUGGGCAAGUUUCCGGAGGACUACAUGCCAGAACUCCCCUUCUGGAAAGACAUAGCAAAGUACUGCGUCCGUGUGGCUAUUUGCCCUAUCUACUAUAGCCCACUCGUCGAGGAGAUGCCCGAUUUCACCGCGGGUGUCGGCUGGGUCUCGGAGGAGCAGUCGACGCCCGAGAACACCGACGAUGUGCGUCCACUUUGUCGGAGUUGCAAAGCUGAGGCGUCAGCGGAGAGGAAACUCCUGAGAUGCGCCAGAUGUAAGGCUGCGCAGUAUUGCUCGAAAGAAUGUCUAGGCCGCGAUUGGAAAGAAGGAGGCCACAAGCUGAAGUGCGUCUGA